UUAUGUAUAGACAGAUCAAAAUGAUGCAUAACAAAAGAUCGUUAUCCUAAUAAAUCAUUUGCAUAGUACGUUAGAAAAAGAGAUGUUUAGCCAUGUCAACAAACUCAUCGAAUGCACAAGAAGGAGUGCUAAACGCAGAAUAGUUAAAUUAGAAGAAUAUACCAAAGUUACUAUUCUAAAUACAAGAUAUGAACGACAGAAGAUAUCUGACUUUUAUUUUCUUUAUUGUCAUUUUGAACAUAUUGAUUCUUAGUAUGGUGGAAGACUUCAGUAAAUUCAAAUUAGAAAUUCCGAUAUUCAACAGUAUACAACAAUUUCAAAUGAAGGAUAUUUACAAUUGUGAUGAAGAUCAAAACAACAAUACUUCCAUACAAAGAAGAGAACUCAGAUCUAGAGGUUCUAAUUAUCCUAUUGUUAUAUCAAUGCCAUAUAAAAUAAAUAACAAAAACUUAUGUCAUGGAGUUCCUAAAGUGUCAACCAUCGUAAUGGUCCAUACAGCACCUAAACACUUUACAAGAAGAAUGGUUCUAAGGAGCAAAAUGCUUAAUGCAACAUACUAUAGUCCAGAGAGUAUUCGUGUCGUAUUUCUCUUAGGAUUGGUAAAAAGUGAAAUAAUACAAAAAAGAAUAGAAGCUGAAAGUGAAACGUACGGUGAUAUAGUGCAAGGCUAUUUUCUAGAUACGUAUCGGAAUUUAACAAACAAAGGCGUCAUGGGGUAUAAAUGGAUAACAGAGCAUUGUAUGAAUGCAGAGUUUGUUACAAAAAUUGACGAUGAUGUCUAUAUAAAUUUUUUCAAAGUUUUCGAAGAAAUGUUUGACCUUAAAAAGAAGAAAAAGUUUAUUCUUUGCAAUAAGAUAGGAAAACAUAGAAUGAAUAUUGUACGAAAUAAAAGAAGCAAAUGGUAUGUAGGAGAUGACGAAUUUAAAGGAUUGAAACGAUAUCCUCACACAUAUUGUAGUGGACUUGUAGUGUUCAUAUCUAUAGACUUGGUGCCUAUGUUAUACCAAGCUGCCAUCGGUUCACCAUUUGUUUGGGUGGACGAUUUUUAUUUAUUCGGAAUUUUACCAUCGAAAAUUGAUGGUGUUGUACACGUUGAUUUAAGGACGAGGUUGAAUUUUCACUUAAUGAAGGCAGUAAGAUGUUAUACAAAAUAUGGAACAAAGUGUCCACACGCAGUUGUGUAUGCAGCAUAUCACGGAAACAAGGGCUUUGAUAAACUGUGGACAGCAAUCGUCAAAGACAGACAACAGAGUAUUUAUGGAAAUUAUUAUAUGAAUUUACCAGCUUUGUCAAAUCCAAAAAUAAAACCUUUGUCAUUGUAAUCAUAAUGUCCCUUGGUUUCAUGAUUUUUGUUCAACUACUGGUUGUAGUUAUCCUUCAAUUUUUUUUUAAUUUAUUAUUCCGCACAAUAACUGACUGAACAGAAUAUAAACGCAAAUACUGCAAUGAUGUUUCCAAUUCAAGUGUCAUGAACUGAUUGAUCUAAGUAUUUUUGGUGUUUGAAUUUGUCAUAUAUCGGACUUC